AUGCCUCCGGCACGGAGUCUCCGGCAACGUGCCACCACGAAUGAGAAUGACGAAAAUGGCCCAUCGACACGUCUGACAAGAGCCAAGGCCGCGGCUCUCAGUGCAGCCGACGCGUCUAACGCUGCUACGAAAAAGCCUCUUCAGAGCAAGAAAUCAUCCAAUGCAGUCGCCAAUACUGCUCAGAGGAGACGGCCAGCCCUCGGCGAUGUCAGCAACGUGGCUAAAACGGAGACGGUCGACGCUAAAGAUGGGAAGAAGCCGGCUGCCAAAGUUGGUUUGACGUCCAAGGCUACUGCCCAAGCGGGUGGCGUCCAGAAACUCACCCGCACCAACUCGUCGCGAACAGCAUUGGGAGUCAAGGAUAACAAUAGCAAGAAAGCGGUGGCUGAGACCAAGAAGCCUGAGAAUGGUUCAGGGGUCGGCAGCGCGAUGAAGCGAUCCUCUAGCCAGAAGUCGGCUAAGGAGGAAGCGUUCCACAAUGAAGAACCCCCUCGCAAGAAAGUUGACAUCGAAAAGGAAAAGAAGACAACAACAGAGAACGAAGAGCAGACCAUCAAAGAAGAAGAGGCAGCCGUGGAGCCCGCGAAAAUCAAGGAGACCAUGGAUAAUGCGGUUGCCGACCUGGACGCGGAAGACCUUGAUGACCCUCUCAUGGCCGCCGAGUACGUGGUCGAAAUCUUUGAUUAUCUUAGAGAACUGGAGUUGGAGACGCUGCCGAACCCAGAUUACAUUGAACACCAACCCGACCUCGAAUGGAAGAUGCGUGGCAUUCUGGUCGAUUGGCUCAUCGAGGUUCACACGCGUUUCCGUCUCCUUCCCGAGACGCUCUUCUUGGCUGUCAACAUCAUUGACCGCUUUCUCUCCGCUGAGGUCGUUGCUCUUGACCGGCUACAGCUUGUCGGAGUCACUGCUAUGUUUAUCGCAUCCAAAUACGAAGAGGUCCUCUCCCCUCACGUGGUCAACUUCAGCCACGUUGCCGACGACGCCUUUACAGAUAAGGAGAUCCUCGAAGCGGAACGGCACGUUCUUGCUACUUUGGACUACAAUAUGAGCUUCCCUAACCCGAUGAACUUCCUCCGCCGGAUCUCUAAGGCCGACAAUUAUGACAUCCAGACGCGAACUCUAGGCAAAUAUCUUAUGGAGAUCAGCCUGUUGGACCAUCGGUUUAUGGUAUACCGCCAGAGCCACGUGGCUGCAGCUGCCAUGUAUUUGGCACGGCUGAUCUUGGACCGAGGGCCCUGGGACGCCACUCUUACCCAUUAUUCUGGCUAUACGGAGGAGGAGAUUGAUCCGGUCUUCCGAUUGAUGAUCGACUAUCUGCACCGCCCGGUCGCCCACGAAGCAUUCUUCAAGAAAUAUGCAAGCAAGAAGUUCCUCAAAGCUUCUAUCGUUACUCGACAGUGGGCCAAGAAGUACCACUCAUUGUAUAUCAAGAGCGCGCUUAACGAAAGCUAUAAUCAGGUCUCCAGCCGAUAG